AUGGAUAACGUGACAGGAAUUAUACGUGCCAUAUAUAAGGGAUUUGCUGACAGCUUGAGGGGUGCUGUUGUCCUCUUUUAUAUGGAUAAACGUAUUAAUGAAAAAUUAUAUAAACAAUCUCCUCUUAGAUCAGAGAUUCAUGGAAAAGAUACUACACUUAUGCAUAAUCCCUCAAAACAUUCUAAUCAAUUACGAGAAUCAAAAGUGUUAAAAAGAACAAUUCAGUGCUGUGCAUUGAAUGGCGGUGUAUUCUGGGCAAGUAUAUUGAUCUUUGAAUGUGGUCUACUUCCAUUUCUAAAGUACUUAUUGACUAUUAUAUUCGGUCACUCACCGGGUAUGGGUAUGACUGUAUGGUCAUGGACAAAACCAUUUCUGUCGCUAACAUUUGGCACUGUAUGGGUACUACCACUAUUUCUACUCAGUAGGAUAGUUAACAGUUUAUGGUUUCAGGACAUAGCAGAUAGUGCUUACAGAUAUAGGCAAGGAAGGCCGUUACUUCUGUCAAGUGUGAGCAAGUUGGUAGCAGACACACUUUUCAGUGUAUUGGUUCAAGCAUUAUUUUUGGGUCAAGGAAUGUUAGUAUCCAGGAUUCCAUUGCCUCCAAUAGGUGAUAUUCUUGCCCUAAUACACAUGUGCCUUUUAUAUGCUCUGUAUGCUUUUGAGUAUAAGUGGUUCAAUAUGGGCUGGGAGCUACAUAGACGUUUGAGUUUUAUUGAAAAUAACUGGCCAUAUUUUGUGGGUUUUGGUCUGCCGUUAGCAGUCCUCACUCAACUGCCGAAUUCAUAUGUAAUAAGUGGCUGUGUUUUUUCUAUAUUAUUUCCAUUAUUUAUUGUCAGUGGAAAUGAAGCAGAACCUGUCACUGGAGUAUGUGAUGCUCCUCUAAAACUAUUUUCACCAGUAAUUGCAAUUGCGAACACGCUAUUCAAUAAAACAAUCGGACCAGCGACUAGACGGUGA